ACUGUGAUACAAAAUGCUAUUAGCCAGACGUUUCAGAGCAUGGCUCAUUUGGCCAAUCUUUUACCUACAGGACCAGUUCUUGCAUUCCAACUUCUGUCACGCAUAUUCACGAAUGGAGGUAAUUGUGACUCAGUCAGCCGGUCCAUGACUGCUUGGCUUGCAGCCCUUUGUGGUUUUUCAUGCUUUCUGCUAAGCUUCACAGACAGCUUCAAGGAUAAGAAUGGAACCGUCUGCUAUGGAUUUGCCACAAUAAGGGGCUUGUGGGUCAUUGAUGGUUCAGCUACAAUUCCACCUCAAUUUACUAAGAAAUACCAGCUGUGCUUUAUAGAUUUCAUGCAUGCCUUCAUGUCAAUACUGGUAUUUGCAGCUGUUGCACUAUUUGACCAGAAUGUCAUAAAUUGCUUCUACCCAACACCUUCAGAUGAGACUCAGGAGAUGCUCACAGCAUUGCCAGUUGGGAUUGCUGUCAUCUGUAGCAUGCUCUUUAUUCUUUUUCCAACCCAGCGCCAUGGAAUUGGCUUUACACAGACCAGUAAUUAAGUUUUCUCUUCACUAGUUUUAGAUGCAAGCCAAUUUCAUUCUUCUCAAAGUCAUAAGUUGCAGAGUCCUGUAUAUUCAUUUUUUUUUUUUUUUCUAUUUUGUUAUUUUUAAAAGUCCCACUUCUGAAUGCUAACAGAUAACAAGAAUGUUAUUAUCUUUUAGCAUUAAUCAGUGCAAGAACAUGAUCAUAUGGAAAUGAAAAAGUAAUUCAAAUAAGUAAUUACUUAAAAUGGAAACUCAA